UUUGAUUGACAGCUGAUCUCUGUCAACAUUGUUCAGUUUAGCUCAGGAAAUUUGUGUUUUACCCCCCGAAGCUUGAGUAGCUUCUUUGUCUGAACCACGAGAACACGAUUGUCUCUGUCUUGCCACUUUGAAAAUCGAAACCGUAUUCAAUUUGGAGACCCUUUUCCGAGUCCAUGGCUCCGGUGAUAGUAAUAAUUCAUUAUAUUUUUCUAACAGAACUGAAUACAGCGAUAGUCAGCCCAUUCUUCUCUGGCUCAGCGUCUUCUGUCUCUCAAACACCCACCGUCAUGCCUCAGGACUCUGAUAUGCGAGCUGCUGUAAAGGGAUUUUCAACCCAGUUGCGGACUAGGAUUCUUCAAGCAUGGGUGAUGAAACCGACGCCGAACGACGAAUACGCAUACUGUCAAACGAGGGGUCGCUUGACACCUUGCUCACGCUGCCUCUCCAUGGAUAGCGUCUGCGUUGCCUAUAAUAUCGGCUGCUCCAACUGUAGCUUUAAUCAAGUUAUCUGCAGCCGUUUUCUCGACGAAAAAUAUCAUCGCAUCCAACGGUUUAUCGCCAUGGACGUUGCGUCGAUUCCUGCUUUAGUUCAGGCAUGUCUGGAUCUACAGCGUCAAAGCUUGGUGCCGGUGACGAUGAGGAAGACGUUCCAGUUCUCGGAAUAUCCCAAUGCCUUACCUAGGCACAGUUUCUCACGCGCCGAGACCUGCCUGCCAGUCAGCCAGCCCAGUUUUAAGGAAACUUUUCCCUCGCACCUUUUCCCCGGGGUCGAUGGCGCACGCACGGGAAUGGAGACUGAUGUUAACAGAGUGAUCCAUUCGUUGCGUCAACACAACGAAUAUUUGCACAGAGAGAAUGAGCGACUACAUGAAAGGUUUCGUCUUGAAGUGGAGCGCAAAGGUUUAAAACCCGUACAGCCAAAUGAUUUCAAGCUAUCUCAUCGCUCCUCCGAUGGCGGCGACGAGUUUGACGAAAGUAAGCAUCUGUUUUCUUGUCUUGUCUAAAUUCUACACCUUCUCAUGGGGCUGUCAUGUAGAGCCGUCUAACCAGCGGGCCCAUAUGGCUGACUUACCACCCCGGCUUGCUCGCAAGCACUUUGCCUAGCGGUAAAGGCCCUUCCAUCGUGUUGGAUCAGGGCAUGUAUAGGCUAUACAUAGGGAAAUUGUAUCUGAUACCAGAAGCGCCCUGCAUCAUGAUCGCGAAAUCGCCCAAAGUCUCUUAAUUACCCGGCUGGGAUGAGGAAUCGUAACCACUAUUUUAGGACAUAUCUGGUCUCCAUGAGCUCGGGAAUUUUUCUCAUAGAACAAACUGCCGUUGAACCUAAGCAUCAAGUUUGAUGGCCAUGUGAGGCUAGGUACCACCGAUGUAGUGUACGGGGAGCUGCCGCCGCUAGGACAUCCUCACAAAUGUUUCUCUCGCAAUAUAGGUCAAAUUCUCGCCAGCCCAGGCUUCUAUUUGCAGCGAGCCAGAGACG